GCCCCAUCCUACAAGGAGUCAGCUGAGAAACUCCCCCCUGCUCGAGCCCAAGCAAUGAUCAUGCCUGGCACAACCGGCAGCCUCCCCAUCCUUCCCCAAACAAAACUCAUCCACUCUGAUGGGGAGGUCAGGAUCAGAACAGGACAGUGCUCCCUUUCCUGGCUGUCCCCUGCUCUCCCUGCCCAACCCACAGAGCAAUCAGCUAAAUGCUUUAUCCCUCUUCAGCCAGUCACGCCAGGGGAAAAAAAAAUUAAAAAAAAAAAAAAGAAAGAAAGAAGCCUGAAGUGAUCCCUUUGCUGGCCUGACACCCUAAAGCCUCUCACCUCUCCCCGUCUUUCAUCAGAGUUCUAAACUCCUUAGGAUGUCAUCACGUGCUCCAUAAAUAACAAAUAUAUAAAAGCAGGGGCUGUGGAGGAUGCAGCAGACAGAGGAGGGGAGGCAAAGCCCCGGAUCCUCCUCUCCACCAGCGCUGAGACAGCACCAGGCGGGCAGGGAGCGGCUCAGCACCCCUGGCUGAUACCUCUGCUGGCUAACGGUGCUGGAGGAGCUCGGCUGGAAUAAAGGGGGCGGGAGCCGGUGGGGGCUGCCCCGAAGCGAGGGAGCGGCGGGAAGCCGGGCAGGAGGAGCAGCAGGAGCAGCAGGAGCAGCAGGAGGAGCAGGAGGAUCGGAGGAUGCCGGCGCUGAGCGCGUUGCCGUUCCUGAAGCCGGCGCAGCUGCGCUCGCCCCGCAGCCCGCCCGGGGGCCAGCGCCGGCACACGCUGCCCGCCAGCGAGUUCCGCUGCCUCGGGCCCGGCGACGCCGCCAGCGUGUUCGAGAUCGAGCGCGAAGCCUUUAUUUCGGUUUCUGGGGACUGUCCCCUGCACCUGGAUGAGAUCCGACACUUCCUGAACCUGUGCCCGGAGCUGUCCCUCGGCUGGUUUGAGGAAGGGCGGCUCGUGGCCUUCAUCAUCGGCUCCCUCUGGGACCAGGAGAGGCUCAGCCAGGCAGCCCUGACCCUGCACAAGCCGCAGGGCUCGGCCGUGCACAUCCACGUGCUGGCCGUGCACCGCACCGUGCGCCAGCAGGGCAAGGGCUCCAUCCUGAUGUGGCGCUACCUGCAGCACCUGCGCUGCCUGCCCUGCGCCCGCCGCGCCCUGCUCAUGUGCCAGCCCUUCCUCGUGCCCUUCUACCAGAAGUGCGGCUUCCAGGCGCUGGGGCCCUGCCAGGUGACCGUGGGGGACCUGGCCUUCGUGGAGAUGCAGCACGCCGUGCGCGGCCACGCCUUCAUGCGCAGGAACAGCGGCUGCUGAGGGGAGCUGCAGCCCCUCUCCGUGCCCACAUCCAUCAUCCCCAGCUGGCCCUGGAAACAGCUGCUCCCUCUGCCACAUCUGCCUUGCAGCCACGCCAGCCUGGCCCCAUCCCAUCCCUGCAGGGCUGGGCACAGGAGCUCCUGCCACGUCCUGCUGGAAGCAUCAGCUCCCUGGGCUGGGCACAGGAAUUCCUGCUGGAUCCUGCUGGAAGCAUCAGCUCCCUGGGCUGGGCACAGGAAUUCCUGCUGGAUCCUGCUGGAUCCAUCAGCUCCCUGAGCUGGGCACAGGAAUUCCUGCUGGAUCCUGCUGGAUCCAUCAGCUCCCUGGGCUGGGCACAGGAAUUCCUGCUGGAUCCUGCUGGAAGCAUCAGCUCCCUGGGUUGUGCUUGAGUCAGGGAUGGCCACAGGAAUUCGUGCUGGAUCCAUCAGCUUCCUUGGCUCUGCUUGAGCUGCCCUGGCCAUGAGCCCUCUGGGAUGGGAAGGCUUUGCCCUGGGAAUGGUUGGGGGCUCUGCUGGUCUGAGGACACUUGCACCCACCAUGGUUGGCUGAGACACCCAGAAGAGCCCCUGCAAACACGUGCCCCAGCCUGGCAUCGCUCCCACCAUCACCACCACCAUGAGUGGAGCACACCAUGGCCAAGCCCUCCCUGAGCAGCCCCCAGGCCAGGCAGGGGUUGUGGCAGCCACCCCCUGCCCACAGAUUUCCUUCCCAGCCCACAGCCACCCUGAGCUGCACAUUGCAGAGCCUCCCCAGGGAACCAGCCCAAACCAUUUGGUCCUCCCUGUCCCAGACCCACAACCAGCCCAGGACAAGCCUUCUGCAAACAACUCAGGUUGUUGGAAAGCAGCAAAUAAAGAUGUGGUGGUGAUUUUCUACACA